CAGGACGCGGAUGGUGUGUACUUCCAAGCGGCCGGGUACUCCGCCAACGCGGGAUCCAACCUCACCUCCGUAGCAGAGAGCUACUGCGGGGCGGUGGCGGCCGCUGGGCAGUACCAGCAACAACACCUUUACGGGCAGGAGCAGCCCGGCUACUUGCCCUGCGUUUACAGCAAUCUCUCGCCUUCCUUAAACGAGGACAAAGAGCCUGCGUGCCCCUCCGAGCCGUGCCCCAACGCCAGCGCCACGCAGACCUUCGACUGGAUGAAAGUGAAGAGGAACCCACCCAAGACAGCUAAAGUGUCGGAGUACGGACUGCUGGGCCAGCCCAACGCCAUCCGCACCAACUUCACUACCAAGCAGCUGACGGAGUUGGAGAAGGAGUUUCACUUCAACAAGUACCUCACCCGGGCCCGGAGGGUGGAGAUCGCUGCUACCCUGGAGCUCAACGAAACCCAGGUCAAGAUCUGGUUCCAGAACAGGCGGAUGAAGCAGAAGAAGAGGGAGAAGGAAGGUCUCGCCCCGGCUGCUGCCUGCAGGUCUGCGAAGGACGCCAGUGAAGCCUCGGAUCAGUCCAACUGCACCUCCCCCGAGGCCUCCCCCAGUUCGGUGUCUUCCUGA